AAAAUUUUUUAUAAAAUGUCACAAAAUAAGUUCCUCAAGUCCAAGGAUAUUUCUGUUAUCGGUGUUCCUUUCAAUGGCGGUCAGCCUCGUACAGGUGUUGAAGAUGGACCUAUUCGCCUUGUUGAAUUUGGUUUAUUGAACCAAUUGGAAGAAAUGGGUUAUUCUGUAAGUUAUGAAGCCAAUGAAAAAAUUGAAGAAUUGCGUCCUGCUGAAGACCCCGAUGUGCAAAACUUGAAACAACCCAAGUACGUCUCUACUGUCACUCAAGCAGUUUCAAAGCAAAUCUUGACUGCUGCUCAACAAGGUAAAUUUGUAUUAACUUUGGGUGGUGAUCAUUCAGUGGCUUUGGCUACUGUUACUGGUGUGUUUGGUACUUACCCUGAUGCUUGUCUUGUUUGGGUUGAUGCUCAUGCUGAUAUCAAUACCCCUGCUACCACUGAUUCUGGUAAUAUCCAUGGUUGUCCUCUCAGUUUCUUAACUGGCAUUGCUGAAGAACAUCCUGACUUCCUUUGGGUUAAGCCUUUGUUGAAGACUAACCGUUUGACUUAUAUUGGUUUGCGUGAUGUAGAUGAAGGAGAAAAGAAGAUUAUCAAGGAUUUAGGCAUCAAAGCAUUCUCUAUGCAUCAUGUUGAUCGUUAUGGCAUUGGAAAGGUGGUUGAGAUGGCAUUGGAUCAUGUUAACCCUAACCGUGAUUUACCUAUUCACUUAUCAUUUGAUGUGGAUGCCUUAGACCCCUCAGUGGCACCCUCUACUGGUACACCUGUUCGUGGUGGUUUGACUUUCCGUGAAGGUCACUAUAUCUGUGAAGCCAUUGCUGAAACUGGUUUGCUUGUGGCCGCUGAUAUCAUGGAAGUCAAUCCUUCUCUCGGUGAAGAUUCACAAUCUGUGUUCCAAACUGUCCAAGUGGGCUGCUCACUUGCUCGUUGUUGUUUGGGCGAGAGCUUGUUAUAGAGAACUUCAUGUAAUUAAUACUCUUUGUUUAUACUGCUUUAUACAUAUUUAAAUAAAAUUUACCUUGCUAUUAUGAUGCUUACCCCUUAAAA